AUGUCUCUUUCCAGGAAUAACCCUGUCAUCAGUGAAUUUGGCUUCAAAAUUGAUUCUAAUGCCAUCGAAUGCUCUGCAUCAGUAAUCAAGCCAUCAAGUCUUGAAUACGGCAACCGUCUUCAGAUCCAACCCAGCGAGCCUGACGUGGAAUGGGAUAGAAAUUCACAAAAUAUGACAUUCUUCAAGCCAGCGACAAUUAAUAACUGGAAGCUGUUUGCUUUUGGAAGACCAGACGAGUACGAAUGGCUGACAAAUUUCCUCAAAGAUGUUGUUGCAGUGUGUAUGAAGAGAGGUAUGACGGUACUCCAUGAGCCAGCAAUUUGCUUCCUGCGUAACGAGAAUGCCAGCGUCAAGACAAUUCUCAACGAAUCGAAGAGAUUGAACGUGAAGACAGAUUUUGUCCUUACAACUUGCAAAUUUGAAAAAUCAAACACGUACACAGUCAUCUAG